UGCCUUUUAUCAGGCUCUCACAACCAACUACCCUCCUGCAAUGCCUUCAGCUCUUGACACCAACAUGAGGUUCAAGUUUUCAGCCGUGGCUCUUCUUCUGGAAGUGAUCAUCAUUGUUCUGUUUGGAAUAUUUGUGGAAUAUCGAGAAGAUAAUAACCCUGAAAUUUUAUACCCAAUCUUUCAGGAUGUCCAUGUGAUGAUAUUUGUUGGGUUUGGUUUCCUGAUGACCUUUCUGAAGAAAUAUGGAUUCAGCAGUGUUGGUAUCAGCAUGCUUCUUGCUGCCUUCGGUCUCCAGUGGGGAACCCUGAUGCAAGGAUUUUGGCACAUGCAAGAAGGGAAAAUUCAUGUUGACAGCAACAGCAUGAUAAAUUCAGACUUCAGUACAGCAACUGCUUUGAUUUCAUUUGGAGCAGUCCUGGGGAAAACAAGUCCUCUUCAGAUGCUGAUAUUGACAAUUCUGGAGAUUACAAUCUUUGCAUGCAAUGAACACCUAGUUACAAAAAUAUUUCAGGCUACAGAUGUUGGAGGCUCAAUGACCAUCCAUGCUUUUGGAGCUUAUUUUGGUUUAGCCGUAACCCUGGUCUUGUGUCGUCCUGGUUUGAAAAAAAAACAUGAAAAUGAAGAAUCUACCUAUCAGUCGGACAUAUCUGCCAUGAUUGGUACCUUGUUCCUUUGGCUUUUUUGGCCCAGUUUUAACUCUGCCACUGCAUCUGAGAACAUUUUCUAUAUUAAAGCAAUUGUCAACACCUACUAUUCCUUGGCCGCAUGUACUGUUGUAACAUUCGCCCUCUCCAGCCUGCUGGAUCAAAGAGGCAAAUUCAGUAUGGUUCUCAUCCAAAAUGCCACCCUGGCAGGAGGAGUGGCAGUGGGUACCUGUGCUGACCUGUCAAUCAACCCUUUUGCUGCCAUGUGCAUUGGGAGCAUUGCUGGAAUCAUCUCUGUCCUUGGGUUCCACUUCCUGACUCCUUUGUUGGCAUGCAAGUUGAACAUUCAUGACACUUGUGGAGUUCAUAAUUUACAUGGGUUACCUGGAAUACUGGGAGGUAUUGCUGGCAUCGUAGUAACUGCAAUAAAUGAGGAAACUAGGCAAAAUAUCCGCUUAACUCCUGGCAUGCAGGCUGCUGCCCUGGGCAGCACAAUUGGACUUGCACUGGCGGGUGGAGCAUUGACAGGUGGGAUUCUAAAGCUGCCUUUCUUGGGACAAGUGUCUGACCAGAACUGCUUUGAUGACUCUGUUUUCUGGGAGGUUCCAGAAGAGAAGAAACCACAUGAAUUUCACUCCAACAACUAUGACGAGCACAGCAGAUUUGAAGCCACCAUGUAGAAAAAGUAUUAAUCUAUAAUAUUUGCCUUAAUGAUGCUCUUUCAAGUUUCUAAUGCUAAAAAACAACCUACGAGUAUUGUCGUAACCACAGUAGGUUUUCAACAAGGAGCUUUAGGUAGCUAUAAUUUUUAAAUAUAAAACAAGCUUGAUUGUACAAAAUAGUUACUAUACCAAACUCAGGUGAAUUAAUGAGAUCCUUCCAAUAUAUUUGUUCAUCAGAAAAACCCACCACAAACUGCUCCACAAAAUUACCUAUGCUUUACCUUUUGUCACCACUGAAUCAAUAUAGCUAUUGAAACAACUUUUGUGUUUCAAGCCUACCACAGGAUACCAUACAUAACUGCAAUAUUUCUGAGUUACAGUCACAUUUGUGACUCCAUAGGGACUACAUAGGGGUAAUCAAGAAGAAACAGAUUGAUAUUGCUUAUUUAGAAUCUAACAAGCUUUUCACCAGAGCAUCCCAGAUUAAUUUUUCAGAAAGUGUGCUGUCCUGGUUUUGAAUGGGGUAGAAAAUGCUCUGUAUUUCAAAGACUGGUUAUGACAAGAAAGAAAAUGUUGAACUAAUUUCUAUGUCAAAGCACAGAAGGUAGUGAUUACUAAGGUAUAAUAAGUAGCAAUAUUAUUAUCAAGAUCCUUUGUUACUAUGUUUAUUGAAAGAGAGAAGAAAGUGAAAUGGUGAAAAAAAAUGAAUCUUGGCAUAGAUUUAUUUAGAUUGUUUCAAGACACAAUAGGGGAAUUGAGUAGGGCUAUGAAAAAAAAAGGUAACAACAUAAUACUUCUUAUUCUGUCCAACAUUAAUAAGUGGAGAGUAAUACUGUUCAUGUCAAAAGAUACAAGCUGAACUAAAUGCUAGCUCCAAGAAAAAACAUGAGUUCUUAGGAACUGAUCAAGAAGCAACUGUAUUCAACCUACAGAAGACUCCGUGGAGAACUUCUGUGUGGUGAGUCACUACUUUUGAAGUCACUGCCUCCUAAAACAUGAAAAAGCAGAAAGAAGAAAAGUGAAGCUAAAUUAAGGUAAAUUAACUCUACCCGAGGAGUGAUGAUAAUGGCUGCUCAAUUAAGAGGACAAAAACUGAGAUAUCUGAAGGAGCUCAGAGUUGCCAGUAGCUGGGAGCAGAGCUACACAUCUACGCCUACCUACCUGUGGCAACCCAUUGAGAGGCAAUGGAUGGGAGAUGAAAAUCUAACGGAAAGAUCACAGUGCCUCUAGGCAUUAAUCAGACUUGGAAACAGACACUGUUGAUUCAUAAGGACAAGCUGCAGUGGAUGAACUUUCAAGACUGCUUUAUAUUACCAACUUAUUUAAAGUCUUACUUAACAGAUUUAAGAGGGAAAGCUGCUCCUCUCAUAACAGAUCCAUGUGUGUUUGCUUUCCUCCUGUGGUCUCUGUCUGCUAUGAUGGAGAAAUGCUGAUCAUGCACAAAACAAAAUUCAUCCAUUUUCUAGAAGCCUUAGAAAAGUGCCUCAGCUAAGGACAGAUGAAUCCAGGACUUACAGUUUGACCACCCUUCAUGAAAAGUUUGGACAUCUUGUUUCAGACUGUUCUUCACCCUGAACAGACUCUCUCUACGCAACAGACAGUGUACAAAGAUGUGUCAUCAGGAAAUUAAACACAGAAUUGUUGGCUUUAAACAUUACUUUUUUUUUUACAUGACUGUGUCCUUGAAUUGCAUGGCUUGUUUCUUCUAAGGUUCUUUACCCUAAUUUCUCACCUCCAUACUUCAGAUGGCAAUGACAUUUGGUUCUCUGUCUAAGGGUAUUUUCUUUGGUUGGUUAUUUCUAAAUUAAUCAAACCUUUGAAUAUGCCCUGAGUCCAUAAAGCUUCUUUUGUACAUAGCUUCUGUGUAAUAAGCUACUGGACACUAUGGCGAGGUGUUCAGCCUUAUGGCUUAAAAUGUUUUGCUAAGAACUAUUUUGUUCAUCAAUGAGGGAGCCACACACUGGCAGAAAAGGAAAGUAAGGAGUUAAACUAGACAUAAGGUGCAGGAUAAGCUUCGAGGAUGGGGCUGAA